UCGACGAUCGUCUUGUCACUCGAAAGUGCGUUACCAUUCUGGCAACAUUGGUUUCAUGUGUCUAUUUCUUGUCCAAUCUUGUGCUCUUUCAUUGUGUCAAUAUUUUACAAUUCAUCUAUGAACUACUCAAAUCUUAUUCUAUCCCUUAUUAUUGUGUGGAAGUGUGAACUUUGUGAUAUUGGACAUUUAAGUGCAUUCUAAAUAUAAUAUAAUAAAAAGAAUGCUUUAAAAAAAUUAUAAAAAAUAGAAUAGAUUCUUUCUUCUUUUAUCAAUUUAUUAUAUAUUAAGAAAAAAAAAUGCCUACGGAAACGUUUUCAAAAGAGCUAGAUGCUCAUAUUGUGACUUUACUUACGAGGAUCUCUUCGUUGAAGGAAAAUAAUACAGAACUCUUGGAGAAGAAAGCGCCUAUGUCUAUAGAAGCUCGCAGCUUAGAACUUUGGAGAGCAGUGGCUGUCGAGUGUUUCGCUACUUUUCUUUUCAGUCUUAUCGUAUCUGGCGCAGCUGCGUCUUCCGCGGUUUCUGGAAGCGGACUCUCCGUCUUAGCCACUGCUAUAGCAUCCGGCUUUGCAAUUUCGGCAAUCUGCUUCAUCUUUGGUCAUAUCAGUGGUAGUCAUGUGAAUCCAGCUGUCUCAGUAUCUUUCGCUUUGUGUCGACGAAUCUCUCUCCUACGAGCUGCUCUCUACAUUGCUGCACAGUGUGGAGGUGGUAUAGCCGGUGCUGCAAUGUUGUAUGGAGUAACCACGCCUUCGAACACGCAAACCUUAACUUCCCUAGGUCGUCUCGGGGGACCUAUUGAGAGGCUUCUUGUAGAAUUAACGCUUUCGGUGUUGAUAGUUCUGGCCCAUUUCACAUCAGAAUCCUCAAAAACUUUACCAAUGUUAAUCUCUUCAAAACCAGCCGGUGUAUUAGCCGCGGCUUACACGGCGGCUACUUUAGUUUCAAGUCCGUUUUUAAAUCCCGCUCGAGCACUCGGGCCAGCGUUUGUAAGCAACCGUUGGGACAACCAUUGGGUUUAUUGGGUAGGCCCAUUAUCCGGAAGUGCAAUAGCAGCUCUCCUUCACGAAUACGUUCUAAAUUCGAAACAAUCGAGGGAUCCACGAGAUAUAGAUGAUGGCGACAAUUCGUCGAUGAGAUCUGACGAGGAUACUUACGACGAUUUGGACAAACCGUCUGGUCCCAAAUUCUCCAGCGCGUAUGCAACCUAUCGUCCAGUUGCUGGAGCAUCCUCAUCGAUCUACAGUGCACCCCCUACUGCCUUGGAACGCGUCGAAUCCAUUUAUGGUGGGACGAAAUCGCUCUAUUGUAAAUCACCUCCCUUGACCAGAGCGAAUCUGAAUCGUUCGCAAAGUGUGUACGCCAAAUCGAGUUCCGGGACGCGGGACGGCUUGAUGAUCCCUAAACCGGGCCCAUUGGUCCCGGCACAAAGCCUGUAUCCAAUUAGAAUAGGUCAAACCGGUUCGAGCUCGGGCAGGGAGAGUCAACAGCAAAAUGGUCAAAAUCAAAAUUCUCAAAAUCAUAAUAGCACGAAUCAGAACAUGCAAAAUCAGUUGCAACAAUGCACGCAAAGUAUUUAUGGGAUCAGGGGGAUUUCUACAACUCUGAGUACAAGGGAGAAUGGUAUCUAUGGUGUGUCUACAGGAUCUAGUAUAUACGGGAGGGCUCCAGCUCCUCCUCCAAGUAGUCAAAAUUCUCAACAAUCGGGUUCGAACGUCCAAUCUUCCGCUCAAAAUCAUCAUCAGCAACAGCAACAGCAGCAGCAACAACAGCAGAAUGGAACAUUGUCCACCAACUCGGAUAACGCCGUGAAUUCUAGAAGACCGGAAAGUAUGUACGGGCAUGUUUCUAGGCGAAGUGAUGAUUCUGCGUAUGGUAGUUAUCAAGGUUCGACGCGAGGGAAUUAUGGGAAGAUACCUGGGCCCCCUGGAUCAACGGGACCUUCCAAUGGAUCAACCGGCGCUCCUCAGUAUCGCGAACAAGGAAGACCUAGUCCAGCUGGGCCAUUACAACAAAAUCAGCAAAAUAGUUUCCAAAGAAAUUCGCCAAAUCCUCAAUAUUGACUGUAAAUUUCAUAAAUUUGGUGAUAAUUUUCGUUUAAGAUAUGAAAGAUGGUUAGAUUAGACAGUUUAAAGAGAACACGUCUCCUGUACCGACCUUUAUGAAGUUCAUUAGAAAUUAAGAGCAGUCGUUGAAUAAAAAUGGGGAUAUGAUAAAUUUUUGUAGCAACAAAAGGAGAUAUUGCAGUGCCAUUUUAUAAUUGUUGUUGAAGAAUGUAGAGGACAAUUGCAGAAAAUGCUUAAUACUGAAAUUGUUCAUGUUUCAUGGAUCUUAGAAUAAUAUUGUAAUUAUAUUCAUCGUUUCUUCAAAGUGAAAGUGCAGGAUUUAAUUGAGAUUUCUUAGCAGCAAUUUUUAAUAUACUACUACAAUGAAUCGAAUAAGAAAAAAUAAUUGUUAUCCUGCAUUUUAUAUAAAUUUUUUACCUUGCCCUUGGGCAUUAAUAGAUAGAUUUUUAAAUUAAACUAACUCGAUUAUCAAAUUCGAAAGCAAUCAAUUUUGAUAUUUUAAUGAUUAAUUAUCAAAUAGUUUUUUUGAUUAAUCGGUAAAAUAAACUGAUCAAAGUUACAAUCAGUAUACCGCCACACAAGACUGAUUUCACAAAUAUUUUAUAUAUGACGUUAAAGAAUAAAAAAUAUUUCUUAUUCAUCGAAGAUCAAAUUUGAAAAUUUAUGCAACAUUUGUUUUGUAUAGUUUAUUGUCAUCGAUUUUCGAUCUAAUAAAAGAAGAACAAUUUUAUACUACUUUUAUAUGCGGUUCGAUAUUUAUUUAAUAUAAUAUGCUGUGUAUGAAUGUAUUGUAUGUGUGCGCGUAAGCCUAUUGUGUGUGAAUAAAUGUAUUAAAAUACUGUAUUUUAAAAAACUUAUUAUAAAGUCAGUAUAAAAAAAAAUAUUUACAAAUAUUAUGUAAAGUAAUUUAAUAUAAUAGAAAAAUGAAAACGAAUAUUCACCGAAGAAUGUAGAAAUCGGUAGAAUUCAAUACAAGUAUUUUGUAUAUAUUAAAUUUUAUAUUUAUUAUUUUUAUUGUAGAUUAUAGAAAUGUAGAAUUAUUGUUAUAUUCAUUUUGUGCAUGAAAGUAAGA